AUGUCGUCUCUCCCUCCUGUCUACAUUGUCUCCUCCGCGAGAACCCCCGUGGGCUCUUUUCUGGGGUCCCUCUCUAGCUUAACCGCGCCCCAACUCGGCUCCCAUGCGAUUAAAGCUGCUGUCCAGAGAGUACCCCAAAUCAAGCCCGGUGACGUCGAGGAAGUCUUCUUCGGAAACGUUCUCUCCGCAAAUGUUGGACAAAACCCUGCAAGACAAUGCGCCCUCGGCGCAGGACUCUCAGAGUCCACAAUCUGCACCACGAUAAACAAAGUGUGCGCCUCGGGCCUCAAAGCAAUCAUUCUGGGCGUGCAGACAAUCAUGACUGGCAACGCCGACAUCGUUGUCGCUGGAGGCACCGAAUCCAUGUCCAACGCUCCUCACUACAUUUCCAACAUGCGCACCGGCUCGAAAUACGGCCACCAGAACUUGGUGGACGGUAUCAUGAGGGAUGGUCUUACCGAUGCUAUCAAGAAUGAAAUCAUGGGUCUUCAGGCUGAGGAAUGUGCUGUGGACCAUGGCUUCACUAGAGAGCAACAGGACAGCUAUGCCAUAAGAUCAUAUGAGCGCGCACAGGCUGCCCAAAAGGCUGGGUUGUUGGAUGCGGAAAUUGCUCCCAUUGAGCUCCCAGGCUCCAGAGGCAAGCCCGGUGUCGUUGUCGAUAAGGACGAGGAACCAAAGAAUCUUCACCCUGAAAAACUCCGCGCCAUCAAGCCCGCCUUCAUCCCUGACACCGGCACCGUAACCGCCCCGAACUCAUCCCCCCUAAACGACGGCGCCGCCGCCGUCGUCCUUGUGUCGGAAGCCAAGCUGAAAGAACUCAACAUCAAGCCUCUUGCCAAGAUCCUCGGCUGGGGCGAUGCCGCCAAGGCAACCAGCAAAUUCACCACGGCGCCAUCCCUCGCCAUACCCAAGGCACUCAAGCACGCUGGCGUCUCGCAGGAUGCCAUCGACGCCUUUGAGAUCAACGAGGCGUUCAGCGUUGUUGCACUGGCGAAUCUCAAGCAGUUGGGUCUCGGGGAGGAGAAGGUUAAUUUGCAUGGCGGCGCGGUUGCGCUGGGACACCCGCUCGGUGCUAGUGGGGCGCGGAUUGUGACGACGUUGCUGGGUGUUUUGAAGGAGAAGAAGGGGAAGUUGGGUUGUGUGGGUAUUUGUAAUGGAGGGGGUGGUGCUAGUGCGAUGGUGGUUGAGUCUUUGCAGUAG